CCAUGGUGCGGCCCGGGGCGGGGGGGUUGGCCCCGCGGCAGGUUCCUGGAGAGCGGCUGGUGGCGUCGGAGACGUUCACAGAAUGCCUGAUUUCACAAGACUCAUCUUGUUCCUGUUUUGCCUGACGGCUCUUGUGGAGAGCAGAAAGCCCAAGAGGAGGAGAUGGACAGGGCAGCUGGAAAUGGCCAAGCCAAGUCACCUGUUUAAGAAGAACCUUGACGUGACCAAAAUCCGCAAGGGAAAACCUCAGCCCCUUCUCAGAGUGGAGGACCACGACUUCUCCAUGAGGCCCGCCUUUGGAGGCCCUGCUAUCCCGGUGGGUGUGGACGUGCAGGUGGAGAGCCUGGACAGCAUCUCGGAGGUGGACAUGGACUUCACCAUGACCCUGUACCUGCGGCAUUACUGGAAGGAUGAGAGGCUGGCCUUUCCCAGCACCAGCAACAAGAGCAUGACCUUCGACGGCCGGCUGGUAAAGAAGAUCUGGGUCCCCGACGUCUUCUUUGUUCACUCCAAAAGGUCGUUCACCCACGACACCACCACGGACAACAUCAUGCUGAGGGUGUAUCCAGACGGGCAUGUGCUAUACAGCAUGAGGAUUACGGUCACUGCCAUGUGCAACAUGGACUUCAGCCACUUUCCCCUGGACUCCCAGACCUGCUCUUUGGAGCUGGAAAGCUAUGCAUAUACAGACGAAGAUCUGAUGCUGUACUGGAAGAAUGGCGACGAGUCCCUGAGAACCGAUGAGAAGGUCUCCCUGUCCCAGUUUCUGAUUCAGGAAUUUCACACCACUUCCAGACUGGCCUUCUACAGCAGCACUGGCUGGUACAACCGUCUGUACAUUAACUUCACGUUGCGACGCCAUAUCUUCUUCUUCUUGCUCCAAACCUAUUUUCCUGCCACCCUGAUGGUCAUGCUGUCCUGGGUGUCCUUCUGGAUCGACCGCAGAGCCGUGCCUGCCAGAGUUUCACUGGGUAUCACCACCGUGCUGACCAUGUCCACCAUCAUCACGGGCGUGAACGCCUCCAUGCCCCGCGUCUCCUACAUCAAGGCGGUGGACAUCUACCUCUGGGUCAGCUUCGUGUUCGUGUUCCUGUCGGUGCUGGAGUACGCCGCCGUCAACUACCUGACCACCGUGCAGGAGCGCAAGGAGCGCAAGCUGCGCGAGAAGUUCCCGUGCAUGUGUGGAAUGCUCCACUCAAGAACCAUGAUGCUGGAUGGAAGCUACAGUGAGUCUGAGGCCAACAGCCUCGCCGGGUACCCGAGAAGCCAUAUUCUGACAGAAGAAGAAAGACAAGACAAAAUAGUGGUCCACCUGGCUCUGAGCAGUGAGUCCAACUCCUCCAGGAAGAAGGGGCUUCUGAAGGGCCACAUGGGGCUUCGCAUCUUCCAGAACACCCAUGCCAUUGACAAAUACUCCAGGUUGAUAUUUCCUGCCUCCUACAUAUUUUUCAACUUAAUUUAUUGGUCAGUGUUUUCCUAGGGGCCCCGAGGCUGUGCCUGGGAAAGGUUGUAGAUAUCUAUGGGGCCUGGCCAGCCGUCUGCACAUGGACCUGCUGACCACGCUCCCCUCACCAGUCGGAGCCGCAGCUCCUGGACCAGCAUGGCAGCGCCCCCUCCCAGAGGGGGCCCUCCAGCUGCCCUUCCCCCGACCUCGUGGGUUUGCUCCUCAUUAAUGCUGUGUUCUGUGUCCUACUUCAUGCCUCUUCGGGAUUUCUGCUGUUCUUGGGUGUAAACAGGUUCACAAGAGCCCCCCUCCUAUAAAAAAUGACUCAAAUGCCUCCUAGAUAUUCUGAGACCCUAAUGGAGCCUAGAAUUCAGUUGUUAAGGGACAAGGAAGAAGAAAGCGCAAGCUUAGGGGCUUUCUGGAUAGGAGAUGGGAAAUAGGAUUCAAAAUAGGAAUAAAAAAUCUGUAAGCCCAUACAACUAGAUUAAGUGCCUACCUAGGAAGGAAAAAAAAGCUCAGAUCCCAGAUAGGAAACGAUUUGACCUGGGUAAAUCUGGCAACUCAUGUGAUUUUGCAAUCCAUUCAACCAUUCAUUGAGUACCCAUCCUGUGCCAGGUCCUGUGGCAAUGAACAAAUAGAAGCCUCUAUUCUUAGAGAACUUCUCUAAGCCUGCGCUCAAUCUGUGUAUGGCAGAGGGUACUUCCAUUCUUUGCCCUCCCUCAGCCCCCACGUACCCCACAGAUCCGUUCUGUUUGCAGGUGCUUUUACUCCUAGGUCUGUCUAUAAAGCACUUAAGUCUCCUGUGAGACUCUCAUGAAGCCAGCUUAAUACUUCUCUCCUGGAAUCUCCAUGCAGGACAAGUCUAGCGCUGGGGAGGAGGCCAGGCACUUGAGAACUGGUGAUAACAGAACUUGGUCUUGGGGAGGAAGGAGCCAUGGGUCUUCUGUGGAAAUGUGUUCCAUUAUUCCAUCCUACCUCCCUUUCUGGGCUUCUCCCCCAGCAGACAGGUGUCCUUAAUAGUCACUGUGUCCAAGCCCUGCCCCCACCCCUGGAACUCUCCCUAACCAGAAAUGCCCUGCACCCUGGAAUGAUUUCUCCCUUCCACGAGGUAGGGAUUU